CCCAACACACAGUCUAAUGGCUCUCGAGAUAGUCGUGGGGUCGAGACGAUAUCGAUCAUAGGGAGAUGAGAGGAAAAAGGGGAAACAAACCGAGGGAGGCCGGUCGAGUGCGAGGGAAAAAGGCAGCGAGGCUUUCGGAGGAUUGACGAAAAAGCUGGGCGUCACGUACUCGUGAGGAAAAAUCGUCAAACCCCGUAGAAACUCGUGAGAGUUUCUCAGUUCAAGGAGUUGGGUAAAGGAAAGUGCGCGAUGUGAGCGGAGCCGCUGAGUGUGCGGCGAGAAAAAACGUGCGUUCAACGCGACUUGAUCGAAAGCCCGAAAGGCGCAGACGCCGAGAAGCUCGAGGCGUUUCGAGGGCUCGCAACGAAGGCAUCGUCGCCGCCGCUCCGACCGCGGCUAUCGGUACUCACUUCCGCGACAGCGUUCGACCUUGCGGCGCACAAACUCUCCGCGAUCGUUUCGUACUUCGAAAGUAUUUAAAAUGCAGAAACAAAGGGAGAGAUCGGCCCGUUGAAUCCACCGACGACCGAGCUUCAGAAACAGUGCCGAACUUUUAAAGUGAGAGUGCUUUCGACGAUAUCCCAGGGGAAAAACCGAGCGACGAAGUUCAAGUCGCUAAGAUGACCGAGAACAACGAGCUGCUCAAUAAAUUCGUUAAACCAACUGGCGGGCUCUCGUACCAGACGUCGCGACGUUCCUUAUCCACUACUCGGCUCCAAACACCCCGUCGCGUGGAACAUUGAAUACGUAAAAUGGGUGGAAACCAAUCAGCACGAAGCGUACCCACCCCCGGCGAAGAAGUGAAUUUCGACCAUUUUCAAAUCCUGCGAGCCAUCGGCAAGGGCAGUUUUGGGAAGGUUUGCAUCGUUCAGAAGCGCGAUCGUACGGGCAACAUGUACGCUAUGAAAUACGUUCACAAGGGUGAGUGCGCUGAGAAAGGAGCAUUGAAAAACGUCGCGAGGGAGGUCGAGAUUCUUUCGAAACUGGAGCAUCCCUGUCUCGUCAAUCUCUGGUUCAGUUUUCAAGACGAGGAGGAUCUCUUCAUGGUAUCCGAUCUUCUGCUCGGCGGUGAUCUGCGCUAUCACAUACAGCAACAAGUGAUCUUCACCGAGGAGAGCAUCGCUCUGUACGUCGCUGAGAUCGCUCUGGCUUUGGAUUACCUACAAAGCCACAGGAUUUUGCACAGGGACAUCAAACCGGACAACAUACUUUUGGACGAGGAGGGGCACGCCCACGUGACGGAUUUCAAUAUCGCGACGGUGCUCGAGGGCGAACAUCUAGCAACUUCGAUGUCGGGAACUAAGCCAUACAUAGCUCCGGAGAUUUACAUGUGCUCGUGUGACGAGUUCAACGUCCAGGGCUAUGGGUAUCCUGUCGAUUGGUGGAGUCUCGGAAUACUCGCGUGGGAAACUCUCGCCGGCUCCCGCCCUUAUUCCCUGCACGCUGCUACGACCCACAGGGAGGCGCUUUCCAUCAUUCAGGUCAAACGGGUACCGCCAUCGCACUGGAGCUCCUCUAUGUGCGAACUUUUGGAUGGGCUCUUGAACCGAACACCCGAAAAUCGAAUAUCGACGCUGUCGAAAUUGAAGGAAGUUUCGCUUAUGAAGAAUCUCGAUUUUGAGAAAGUUCUCAAAAAACAAAUGAAACCUUUAUUCACACCGCCCAAAGAUCACUUGAAUUGCGAUCCUACUUUUGAACUCGAGGAAAUGAUAAUCGAGACGAAACCGCUUCACAAGAAGAAAAAGCGACUCGCUAAACAAAGAUCGCUCAGAGCCAGCGAUUUGCAGCAAUCGCAAGCGGAUCAGGAUCAAAAUCUGGGGAACAGUGGAAACGGUGGAGGCUUGGCGUCAACCGAUGUUACGAGGCUCGCAUACAUACCGGAGUACAGAGUUUAUAAUCGUGAACGAGAGAUGGAGAGAAUCGAGCGUGAGAAAAAAGAAAAACAGUGGGAAGAGGAACUUAACACUGCCAUGAUGGGUGCUGAAGAAAGGCUGAGAAUAAAACACCAGAGACACAAGCAACACGUUAGACCGGGCAGUCGCUUGGGAAUUUCGUCUGCCAAUGUCAAAGCGAGAAUCGGCGCAUCCCCGAAACCACAUCGACGAAGAAGUGCGACGUCGUCUUCGGAGAUCGAUUACAUCGACGCGAGUCCCGAGCCUUCCACGUCCUAAAUUAAAUUUUAGCGUUUCUUAUACUUUCUUUUUCUACUCUUUGGAUAUGGUUCCUUCAUUCUCAGGGGAAAAAGACAUCGCUGGUUUGUGGGAUUUUUUUUGUAUUAUUCAACGUAUGGAUUGUCUGGUUUAUAAAAACUUGGCAAAUUGGAAAGACACCAGAACAUCUGUAAGAAAACUUGCAAAUCGUAGUGAUUUUGUUCACAAAAAAAUCGUGUCAUUGCAAUUGAAUUUGAGAAAACAAUUUUUAGAUCGAUUGGAUCAUUGUAGCGUGGCCGAAGAUUACAAAUCAAAUUCUUCGUUCCCAAACCAUUUGGUUUAUUCGAAAUCCAUUGGACGUUGAUUUUGGUAGUUAUGAAACAAACCAUCACGAUUCCCCAACGACGUUAACCCCGAUGAGAAUUCUGAAUCAUACUCAAAGGAACUUGACACACUUUUUCGACAGCUGCAUAAAUUGUUGCAAUUUGUGAUAAUACUUAAUGAAUCUAUUACGAACGGUUGAGCUCAAAAUUGCAGGCUCAAUGAGUGGAGUGCUCGUACUUUUGGCAUGCGCGCACUUAAAAUAGGCGCAUGAACGCUUCGAUGGGACAAAGCUCUGAAAGCCGUGUUGAAAGGUGCUGAAUAUAAAAAGUGCAAAGUUUUUCAGUUUUUUGCAUUGUUUAUAUUAAUAAUGAAAUGAAUAAAGGUCAAAAUUACUGUUA